GCGGGGCCGCUGCCGAGUGUGUGUGUGGCGUGCGCGAGUAUGAAGUAGUAGCGCGCGAAUAGCCGGUUUCUCUCUCGAAAGACGAAGCGUGAGAGAGAGAGAGAGAGAGAGAGAGAGAGAGAGAGAGAGAGAGAGAGAGAAAGAAGAAGCCGUGGAGUGCUCAUUACGCUCUCUGUUCUUUACAACUUGUACAUGUAAUGCCAAAGUGUAUCGUUUAUACCGCGCGAGUGUAGCAGUGAUCGUCCACAAGUUGUUGUUGCUGUUCCCAAUACAAGAGGAAAACAAACCGCGCGUCCACGCGAGGCAAAAGGUAGAGAGGGCUAUGCAUCAGUGCCGGUGCAGGCAGCAACAACGACACGAGGGAGUGCGAUGCGCCGGCCGGCGCCAGCGCGAGCAGCAGCGCAGCAGCGGCACCGCCAGCCUAGCCAGGCCUCGCCAGCAAGAGCGCGCGUCGUAAUGUAGCGAUGCUCAAGCACAUGCUAACGGGCCAGCAGCAGCAGCAGCAGCAGCAGCAGCAGCAGCAGCAGCAACAGCAGCAGCAGCAGCUGCAGCAGCAGCAAUUGCAGCAGCAACUGCAGCAGCAACUGCAGCAGCCGCCCGGCUCGCGGCUGCAGCACCACCAUGAGCUGGCGGGCCGCGUGCCGCGCGCGCAGAGCAGCGCCGACGUGUACGAGCACGUGCCGCGGGCGCAGGUCGCCGGGCCCGGCCGCCACCACCACUCGCAGCUCAGCGUCAACAACCUGGCGCACCGCCACCAGCUCCACCUGUCCGCGCUGUCCGCUUCCAAGCACUCGGUCAACAGCGUCAGCCCCUACGCCCAGGGCUCGCGCACGCACGCGCUCAUAGCGCAGCUGCAGCAGCAGCAGCAGCAGCAGGCCAAGGCCAACGGCGGCCUGGACAUCUCGCGGCUGUCGCGGCUGCCGACGCCGUCGCCCGCGCCCGCGCUCGCGCGCGAGCCCGCCGCCCAGGGCCCGGCCGCGCCGAGCGCCAGCGCCUCGGCCAGCGCGGCGCCGCUCAACCUCUCCUGGGCGGGCUCGUCCACGCGCCCGGGCUCGGAGGCCGGCGUCAAGGAGGCGCUCACCAGCCUGGGCCUGCUCUGCCUGGUGUCGCUGCUGCUCGCGAUGCUCUCGCUCACCUUCCUGCUCAAGAUGUCCGUGGUUACGUUCCUGCCCAACAGCCUCAUCAGCCGCGACGAGUUCGAGAUCGUGUACGACGUCGCGCUUGUGCUGUGCGCACUGGCCCUCUCGCUCAACCUCUGCUGCCUGCUCGUCUGCGCGGUGCAGUUCCUCUUCGCCGUGAAGCUCGUCAAGUCGUCGUAUUACGGGCCCCGGACCAACAAGUACCUGCAGAAGUCGUCGCUCAGCCGUGUCUGUGCCGUCGGUGGCUUCUUCGUCAGCAUUCCUGUGUUCUUGACUGGCAUGAUCCUCUACACCUUCAUUCAGUUCCAGUCGACACCGGCGAUCGUGACGUCGGUGUUCAUCGGACUGGCUAUAGUCUUCUGCGGCUGCGCCUUAGUACACACGGUCUUCGUGUGGCAGAAGGAGAAGACGAACGCGAUGAAGGCGUUGCGACGAGAACAGUACGAAGCUGCGGCUCAGCUUCAGCGCCAACAGACGUUGCACGGCCACCAGACGCAGCAGCAGCAUCAAACGACCAGUGUAAUCUCCAGUUCCCAGCCACACCAGGCACAAUCGCAUCACCUACAUCAUCACACGCAACACCCACAUCUGAAUCCAACGCCUUCGCAAAUACGACCUAUGCCUUUGAAUUACGGGGCAGCCAGUCGACUGGCGACUUCCUCGGUUGUGGAUCAUCAUCCGAUCUCGUCAAGACUUCCUCAACCACACAGACACGUCUCAAUGUCACCACCACUGCUGAGUCUUAAUGCAUCGACGAGGAGUGCCCAUUUGCUUCACCAUCACCAUCAUUUAGCGAGCCCACCUGCUACGCCUGGCGAUCGGUCACCCACGAGUCCGCCGAUCAACAAAUAUACUCGCUCGAGGGAGGCUGUCACAGGGAGCGUUAGUCCUGGACUACCUGUCGCUAAUUUAGAUCUGAGUAGUGCUGGCAAUGCCAACAGUCCGCACGAAUUGUCGACUCUUGUGUGAACGAAACGGUGUUUUUUGUGUUUUUUUUUGUGUGCAUGCGCAUUGUGAUCUUGUAUCACUAUAGGCACGUAGUUUUUUAUUACGCAUUACGAAAUGUAUUAACUCAAGCCUGUUGAAAGACUGAUAUAUUUUUGACCUAUACAUGUAUAUGUUAAAACACUGCGUACCUCUCAAUUGACAACUGCCACGAUAAUUUAUACACAGAUGUUUCAAGUAUUCUUGCCUUCGAGAGUUACUUUAUUAUGCGUACGAUGAGCGAAUCUUUAUUUGUUGAUUGAUUAAUUGUUAAUGAAAAUCUGUUGUUAAACGAACCUGACAGCUGUAUGGCAAAAUUGGAAAAGACCGCUGAGCCUUUUGAAUUCGGCGAUCUGUUAAGAAUCAAACUAUAAUAUUAUAUAUCAAUUGUACAAAAAAGGUUGAUAAAUUUUCGCGCAAACAUUUUACAUGAAUGUCCGCGAUUAGUUCUAAGUCGCUAUUCCUCGAUCAAUUUUUUUCUCUCGGUGUAUAUGUGUGCGUAUGUAAAUAUUAGCGUGUUUAGCUAACGUAUUGCAUAUGAUCAAAGACCUAUUUUCUUUAUUACCUGCGUUGCCUAUAUAAUUGACAAUCGACACACAUAGGGUAACACCAUGAAAAUAUGUAAAUGACAUAUAUAAUUAGUCGCGUAUAUUGUUGCCACUUUGUGUAAGUAGCGUAGUUAAUUAAUCGAUUUUCAUAGUUUAUAUAAAAAAAUUUAAUGUCAAAAAAAGUAAAUAAAUUAUUGGAUCCAUAUAAACUCGUCAAGUACAAAAAGUGUUUUAGCUUUAUGUGCUAAUAUACAUUUAUAUGUUAUUUAUAAAUUUAAUAGUUAAUUUUGUAUACUCAAAAAUAAGAAAAAACAGAUCUGAAAAAAGAUA